AUGGCUUACAGCGUGACUCUGAAUGGACCUGGACCAUGGGGUUUCCGACUGCAAGGAGGCAAGGACUUCAACAUGCCCUUGACCAUCUCCAGAAUCACCCCUGGCAGCAAGGCAGCGCAGUCGCAGAUGAACCAAGGGGACCUUGUGGUAGCCAUUGAUGGAGUCAACACUGACAGCAUGACCCACUUAGAGGCCCAGAACAAGAUCAAGUCAGCCAGCCACAACUUGAGCCUCACUCUCCAGAAAUCUAAACGUCCAGUGCCAGUUUCAACCACAGCACCCAGAAUUGACUCUCCCAGGGCUGUAAUUCCCCACCAGAAGGUGAUAACCAACACCGCUACCAAUUUCACACAGUUCUGUGAGCGAGUUCAUCCCAGUGUCCUGAAGGACUCUGCCCUGUCUACACACAAACCCAUCGAGGUGAAGGGCCUAGGUGGCAAGGCUACCAUAAUUCACGCCCAGUACAACACCCCGAUCAGCAUGUACUCGCAGGACGCUAUCAUGGAUGCAAUUGCAGGCCAGGCACAAGCCCAGGGCGGAGAAUUUGCUAGUACCCUUCCUAUUAAAGAUCCUCACGUAGACAGUGCCUCUCCGGUGUAUCAGGCUGUGCUUAAAACUCAGAACAAGCCUGAAGAUGAAAGCGAGGACUGGAGUCGCCGUUCUGCCAAUCUGCAGUCUAAGUCUUUCCGGAUCCUUGCCCAGAUGACUGGAACAGAGUACAUGCAAGAUCCUGAUGAAGAAGCCCUGAGGAGGUCAAGGGAAAGGUUUGAAACGGAACGUAACAGCCCACGCUUUGCCAAAUUGCGCAACUGGCAUCACGGCCUAUCAGCGCAGCUCCUUAAUGUUAAAAGUUAA